AUGAACCGACCGCUGCCAUUAAACACAAAGGAUUUGGAUAUUCCACUCCACACGAUUGGGUUUGAAAUUGACUGCCUUUCGCCUGAAAAGGUCUCGGGCCAUGUUCUGAUCACUGAAAAGUGCUGUCAGCCGUUCAAGGUGCUGCAUGGAGGAGUUUCGGCACUAAUAGCCGAGGCUCUAGCAAGCACUGGGGCCUACCUUGCUUCAGGCCUUCAGAGAGUAGCUGGCGUUCACCUCAGCAUCAAUCACCUAAAGAGUGCAAAGUUAGGCGACUAUGUUGUUGCGGAGGCUACUCCCGUGAACAUCGGGAAAAGUAUUCAGGUCUGGGAAGUGAGCUUAUCAAAAUGCGAUCCUUCGAACUCAGAGACAAAAACAUUGAUUUCUUCUUCAAGAGUUAUUCUUCUUUGUAACUUGCCUGUGCCAGAUUCAUUAAAGGAGGCUGCUCAAGGUUUCAAAAAGUACGCCAAACUCUAG